CCCUCUUACUUUCUGCUUUCCAUGUUUACUUCCUCUCUUAAUCUCCAUUUUCAUGCCAAAGUUUUCUCAAGAUCCAAACAUAAAAGUAAAAACAGAAACCAAAUCUCAGAAUCUUGUCAUCACUUUCUUGUUUGAUUUCAUUCACUAAUCACUAUAAUCUUUGUUCUCUUGCUAGUGUUUUAGACAAAAACCAGUCUCAAAUUCAAAGCAUAGCCCACCAUGCAAUUUUCGUCAACUUGUGACACCAAAAACAUUUAAUCUCCAUCAAAUUGUAUCCUUCUUUUAUGCUUCUGGAUCGAAAAUGGGGAAUGCAACAUCAUCCAUGGCAGCAAAGUUUGCAUUUUUCCCGCCGAACCCGCCUUCCUACAACAUAAUUGUGGACGAAGCAACUGGGAAAAUGAAGUUCUCAGAUGUUAAUUACCAGAGAGAUAAUGUGGACCUAUUGAAGCUGAGAACCAGUAAGGGGAAUGAGAUUGUGGCUAUGUAUGUGAAUAACCCAUCAGCUUCGUUGACAGUGCUAUAUUCCCAUGGAAAUGCUGCUGAUAUUGGUCAGAUGUAUCAUACUUUCACUGAGCUUAGUGUUCAUCUGAAUGUUAAUCUUUUGGGAUAUGAUUACUCCGGAUAUGGACAAUCCACUGGAAAGCCAAGUGAGCAAGACACAUAUGCAGACAUAGAGGCAGCUUACAAAUGUUUGGAGAUGUAUGGAGUAAAACAGGAAGACACGAUAUUAUAUGGUCAAUCAGUUGGGAGUGGACCUGCUUUAGAAUUAGCCAUUCGGUUGCCUCACUUAAGGGGUGUAAUUCUGCACAGUCCAAUCUUGUCUGGUCUUCGUGUCAUGUAUCCGGUCAAGCGUACAUUAUGGUUCGACAUUUACAAGAACAUUGAUAAAAUCCCUCUAGUUGAAAGCCCUGUUAUGGUCAUUCAUGGAACUGAAGAUGAAGUGGUGAACGUUUCUCAUGGGAAGCAACUUUGGGAACUAUGUAAAGAGAAGUAUGAGCCAUUGUGGCUCAAAGGUGGGAACCAUUGUAAUUUGGAACUUUACCCUGAGUACCUAAGGCACCUUAAGAAGUUCAUAUCAGCCAUCGAGAAACUUCAACAUUCACGCAGCGGAUUGGACCCGAAACCCAAUGAUCAGUCCCACCAAUCUCCGAACAAUGCCGACCAAAACAAGGAGAAAUUCAGGCCAAGCACUGACUAUAGAGACAACGGUAGGCCAAGUUUUGGGCACAGAGAAAAAUCCAGGCUAAGCACAGACAGUAAAGACAAAGCAAGAGCCAGCAUUGACAAAAAAGAGAGAUCGAGAAGGAGCAUGGAUCGCCAUACGAAAGCUAGGAACAGCACUGAUCAUCCAGAGAGAGAAAGAAAUAGUUUCGACAGACUGGGAGAAAUGGUACGAUCUGUCGGAUUGUGCAAUGCUGAUUGUUUGAAGCAGACAACUGCUGAGGUUUGAUUUGUUAAGGAUUCUGUUCAGUUCAUCGGUUGCUGCAGUUUGGGAUGUUCUAUGUAACAUCCUCAUCAGAUGGUCUCGUUUUCUUUUUUAUCGUUCGGUUAUUGAAUUUUUUUGUCGGAUUUAAUUCAAAAUAAGAAGAACGUGAUUGAAGAUGGUAGUUUUUUAAUGCAUUUUGGAGUUUGUAAUCAGUAAAUGAGCGUCAAGGUUGUUCUUAAUCUGCAACUCUCUCUGUGCACAGUUGCUUCAUUUGUAUAGUGUUGUGUGCUGUAAAUUAUUCAUUUUACGGAUUACGUCGGAAAUGUUAUCAUCAGAACCGGAUGACG